AUGAUGGCGUGGUUAUAUAGUUGUGCCAUUUGGAUUUUGCUGAUACACAUAACAGCAUAUUGCAUUGAGGCAGCAAGAACUGGCCAUCACCCGUUUAGAAGAACGAGAGCCGCACCGAGAAAUGAACUAACAGCCAAUGAACAUAAUGGCGGCAUCCUAUUCCCAGGGUUAACGUCGAGAAGCGGAGCUUCCUUUAAACCAAAGAUUCCGAAGGAUUGCGAAAAUGUGGGCAUUUGUGACAACAUUCCUGAUUAUCCUAAAAACUACGUGUCACUAUUGUUAAAUCAGAUGACGAACACAAGUUUUACCAAAUUCAACGUGGACGUGAUAGAACCACAGAUUGCUCAAAGGAUAACACCUGGGGAGGAGAAUUUAGAGUUAUGCAGGUCUUCUGAAAAGCUUUACAAUCCUGAAGCGGCGAAGGAUAUCAACGAACAGUGGCAUUACAUUGUAAAUAAAGUACUUGAUGUACAGCAAACUUUCAGAGUUGAAAUUUGCGAGAGGCAAAACGAGCCGUGCAACUCGGUAGUGCAUUUCGCACAAGGGAACGAGGCGUCGUGUAAGCAAAAAUUUAUCCUACGUAAAAUGGUGGCACUCGACUACGAUGGUAAAUUAGUCGAGAAACCAUUUCUUAUCCCUAGUUGUUGUUCAUGUAUAUAUAGAGUGAUUGAAGUUUAA